AUGCUCGGCCGUCGGCGGCUGGUGCGCGUUCUGUGCGUGUUGCUGUGGCUGUCACUGCGACCGGACUGCGCGCACGCCACACACAUCACCGGCACCUUCAACACGAGGGAGUUCUUCCGUUUCCUCAUCAAGUUCGGCUUCCAGAAGACCGACCGCCACCGGCAGAAGGACUCGUACGGCUACAUAUUCGGCAACGUGACCGCGCGCUCCGACUUCGACGCGCCGAUUACCCUGGCGAUUCUGGACCGUGGCCACUUCCUGGAGUACUAUGGCAAUCGCACGCUCGCCAACAAGAGCACCGCGUGCGCCUACAUGUUCGGCACGCUGAAACAGAGUUCCUACGAUCCGCACUGCAACGAGGAGGGUCAGGACUUCUUGAGGCGAGUGCCGUGUCCCCGUGACAGAUUGUGCCCGGACGAGGACUCAGUGUGGAAUAUCGUCAAAGGCCAUCAGUUCACGUACGUCAUACAGGAUUUUUGGCAGCCGCGAUUCUGGUACAUGAGCCUGGUCGCGUGCUACAGAAACGAAACCACUUGCCAAUGGGAGCAUUACGACAAGCACGACGAGCUGGAGUACGAUAUCUGGCUAGUAAACGGCAAUCCAAACACCAGUGGCCUAAACAGUCUGACUUAUCAAUUCUCGUACGACAGACAGAACACUAUCGAGCUGUACUUAUUGUUUUUCAUGUGUUACAUCAUACUGGUGCCGCUGCAGCUGUACGCAGUGAGAUUGCAGAAGCAUCCAGUAACGAGAUUGUUCACUGCUAGUUUAUUAUUAGAAUUCGUAGCGGUAUGCUUGAUCCUGAUACACGUGUUGAAAUUUGCACUAGAUGGAGUGGGCUAUGAGCAAUUAGAAGUUGCAGGUGAUAUUUUUGAUAUUCUAUCACGGACGUCAUUUAUGUUAUUAUUGCUCCUGCUUGCCAAAGGAUGGGCAGUUACAAGAAUGGAGUUGACAUGGAAACCGCUGGUAUUUGCCAUAUGGUUUUGUUACGGAGUCGUCCACAUCUUACUUUAUGUUUGGAAUAUGACGGAGGUCGACAUCAUCGAGGACAUAGACGAAUAUCAAACUUGGCCAGGAUGGUUCAUAUUGUUAUUCCGAAGUGCAAUAAUGGUAUGGUUUCUGUGCGAACUACGGAACACUAUGACAUACGAGCAUAAUACUCAAAAGCUGCACUUUCUCCUACAUUUUGGCGCGUCGUCGUUAGUUUGGUUCAUAUAUCUGCCCAUUAUAGCACUCAUAGCUCUUCAAGUGAGCGCAUUAUGGAGGUUUAAGCUGUUGUUAGGUAUAACGUACUCGGUAGAUUGUUUCGCUUAUUGCGUAAUGGCACAUCUAUUAUGGCCCACCAGAAGCGAACAGUACUUUUUACUUGCGCAAGGCGCGGAUAACGGUGACGAACUUGACGAAUUUAACGAAGCGCCACAUGUAUUAAAUAAUUACGUAGAGCCGCCAGAACUCGUUAAGAUAAUCACUUAAUAUUCGUCCGCAUCGAAGAUGCAUAACGCUGAGAUUGAUGAACGACGUUUUUCAUUGCGAACAAUGUGAUGUACAUUUGCCAAAUGAUCAGUCUAAAUAGUAUGAGUAAAAUACUCCAACGCGUAUGUGCUACAUGAACUGAAACACUGUGCGCCGCUCUAUAAUUAGAGACGCGUGCAUACAUCAAACGUUUGAAUUCAACCGUAUGUGAUAUAGAGUUGACAAACUGACAUGACAAGAGGUGGCCACGUGAGUAUGAUAUGAGUAUUCGUCGCGGGCAAACGUAAUUUUCGAUUUGACGCGCGAGAUUCGACGACGUUAAUUUUAUCCUUAGCGAUUUUAAGUGUACGGAGCAAAAAUGUGAUUGGUAUACACUCCUUAGUAAAGAAUGAUGCAUAUCUCUCUUUUUCGAUAUUGAUAUGUAUUUUUACACAUUUGACGAUACGAACGCGAGUGAUCGAUUCUCUAUAAUUACUUCCGUAAUCACUCUAGAAUGUAUUAGUUGUAGACGACGAUAUUGUAACGCAAGCUCUGAAAUUUGGUUUACGGCACUUCGUCUUUCAAACUGCAGCUCUGCAUACUCGUAUCAUAUUCAUAAGUCGUGAAUUUUUAACUUUCGCCCGGGAGUGUUCCAGCUAUUCUGCGAGUCUUUCUGUUGUACAAGAAAUCCCAAGGCACAUCCUGUGUGUAUAUCUAAGGAUCAUCGGAACUUCUCGUGAAUAAGACACACGUUUUUUGAUGCCGUCAUUGAUUCGCCAUUGCAUCUUGUAAUUAUUCCAUAUUUACUUCAUACAAAGAAUAUUCUGCGAUGUGCGCUUGAAUGAGAAUGAUGAAAAAUAAAAUACUUGUAUAAUUUUCGUAACAAUUUGAUCCCAAUUAAACUCUAAUAAAAUUGUAUGGUUUAAGAACCAUAUGGUAGCUGUAUGCAUAAAAAAUUAUAAUUAUUAUAUUAUAAUAAUUAUAUGUAUGUAUAAGAUUAUAAUUACUAUUAUGAUGUUAUACAUACAUUUUAUAUUUAUUUAUAAUAUUAUAAUUAUUAUAAAAUUAUAAUCUAACCGACUAGCAGGAUUAGGGAGCGCGCGUUUUCCUGUUACACUAUUAUUGCUCAAUCUUGUAAUAACUUAGAUAGUACAGUGGUAUACACACUCUCUUGGGAAUAUUUUAAUGCUGAGCACAUAUGUAUAUAAUGUGAGAUUGGUGAAAUCUUUAUAAUAUAUUUAUAUUUCUAAUAUCUACACUCUUCUUCGAAUGAGAAAGCAAUUUUCGUAUAGUCUAUUUUUUCUUAACAAAUUGUUUGGCAAAAUUGUAUUUAGAAUUUUUAGUAUAUUUUUUGAAAGACACCUACUUAGGCAUGUUAUAUAAAUUGUGCUUACGAUAUAUGACGGUAGUGCAGCGUGUAUAUAUAUUAUUUACUUCCGGCAACUAUGCGUGUCUUUAAAGUGUUCUUGAGAUGCCAUUCACAGAUGAGUGGAAAAACAAUAUCGUUAUAGCAGUGGAGACAUUAUUUUAGUAUAAUAAAACUUGUUAUUAUGCCACACUA